AUUGGGAAGUGGCGAGAUGGCGCUGCUGCGAGAGCGAAGGGCAGCACAGCGGCAGGAGUGAGCCGGCAGCGGAGCACUCGGAGCCGGCCGAGGGCAGUGCAGGCACUCGCUCGUCGGGCUGGAGCACCGCUUGCAGGAAUCCACAAGACCCCGCUGCGGAUCAACAGCACGGGACCUGCUUUAGAUGCACGGUGGAGCAUUGGGGCUGUUUGCAACCGGCCCCGAAUCGCUGAAGUUCCCUCCUUAGUUUAUACAUAAAAUAUAUUGUCUCUAUGGUUCUGCCACUGUUGUAUUUUUUAAUUCGCCUAGCCUAGGACCAUUUGUUUGCCUCCACCACCCCUGCUUCUGCUCUGCCUUUUUUUUGUUUGUGUGUCGCUCGCCAACAUGCCAAGCAAAACCAAAUACAACUUAGUGGAUGACGGACACGAUUUGCGGAUUCCUCUGCAUAACGAGGAGGCUUUCCGGCAUGGAAUCAGUUUCGAGGCGAAGUACAUCGGCACGCUGGAUGUACCCAGACCAAACAGCAGGGUGGAGAUCGUGGCUGCAAUGCGAAGGAUCAGGUAUGAAUUCAAGGCCAAGAACAUUAAGAAGAAGAAGGUGAAUAUAAUGGUGUCAGUGGAUGGGGUCAAAGUCCUCCUCAGGAAGAAGAAGAAGAAAAAGGAAUGGACUUGGGAUGAGAGCAAGAUGCUGAUCAUGCAGGAUCCGAUCUACAGGAUAUUCUAUGUGUCACAUGACUCCCAGGACCUCAAGAUCUUCAGUUACAUUGCCAGAGAUGGUUCCAGCAAUGUUUUCAGAUGCAAUGUCUUCAAAUCUAAGAAGAAGAGUCAAGCAAUGAGGAUUGUGCGGACCAUAGGACAGGCCUUUGAAGUGUGCCACAAGUUGAGCCUCCUGCACACUGAGCAGAAUGUACGCCGAGAGGAAGACCAAGAAAGUGAAGAGAGUGCCGAAGUCACCAAUAUCUCGGCUCGGCACCAGACUGGCACAGGGAGGGAAGCUUCAGAAGAGACUGAUAUAGAUGCUGUCGAUCCCCCUCUGCAUGACGGUACAGAGGCUGACUUCAGCCGAGGCGUGACUGACUUGGACGCAGUACGAAACGAACCGGAUCUUCACAAGGUCAGAAAGCCUUCACAGACCCCGAGCAUCCUGACAGCCUCGCCCAAGAUGCUGCUCCCUUCAGCCAGCCAGCUGCCCUCGGGCGCCCCGCUCUCGGUUCACCACCAGAUCCAGCUUCUCCAGCAGCAGCUCCAGCAGCAGCAGCAGCAGACCCAGGUCGCCGUGGCCCAGGUCCACCUACUGAAGGACCAGCUGGCAGCCGAGGCAGCGGCUCGGAUUGAGGCCCAGGCCCGGGUCCAUCAGCUGCUGCUGCAGAACAAGGAUCUGCUGAAACACAUCUCGCUGCUUGUGAAGCAAGUGCAGGAACUGGAGCUUAAACUUUCCGGCCACGGUUCAAUGGGUUCACAGGACAGCUUAUUGGAGAUCACUUACCGGUCAACCGUGCCUCCUGUGCUCUGCGACCCAACUACUCCCAAACCAGAAGACAUCUGCGUGCCCCAGCUGUGUGAUGGAUCGGAUCUCCCGCUUCCUCUGGGAAGCCCGUUAGGUAUGGACGACUGUCUGGUAAAACUGGAGUGCUUCCACUUUCUGCACAAUGAAAAGAGUUCCCACGAAGAAUUCAUGGGAAGCCUGGAGCUGAUCAAAUUCCGAGAGUCAGGAAUAGUGUCUGAGUAUGAGUCUAAUACGGAUGAGAGUGAGGAGAGGGACUGCUGGGUAAAUGAAGAGUCGGUUCGGUUAAUGAAUGUGUUGAAAAGGCAGGAUUUGGGAGAUUGUCUUGAUGAUGAGAUUGCAGUGUGA